AUGUCUACACCAAUAACCACCAAAUCCUGGACGGUUGAGGGCAAGGGCAGCCUUGAAAACCUCAAGUUUGACAAGGAGCGUGUUCUCCCCGAGCUCUCCGAUUAUGAAGUUUUAGUCAAGUUCCAUGCCGCGUCUCUUAACUUCCGCGACAUCAUGAUUGCUCUGGGUACUUAUCCUUUUCCUGUGAAGCCAGAUAUCAUUCCAGGCUCCGACGGAGCUGGAGAAGUCGUGGCGGUAGGCUCCAAGGUCACCCGCUUCGAGAAAGGCUCCAAUGUGGUGACAUUGUUCAAUCAAGCACACUUCGGUGGACCAUUGACCCCGAGAGUCUUGGGUAGUGGGUUAGGUGGCAGCAUUGAUGGCACUCUGCGACAGCACGGCAUUUUCAACGAGAAUGGACUGGUCGAUAUGCCGAAAAACCUCAGCUAUCUCGAGGCUGGAACACUGUCCUGCAGUGCCCUGACGGCGUGGAAUGCCCUAUACGGGCUCAAGGCAGUCCUUCCUGGCGACUGGGUUCUGACACAGGGUACCGGAGGUGUGAGCAUCUCUGGUCUGCAAUUUGCAAAGGCGGCAGGAGCUCGAGUUAUUGCUACGACUUCUUCUGCGGCUAAGGCAGAGAUGUUGAAGAAACUUGGAGCAGAUCAUGUCAUCAAUUAUAAAGAGAUGAAGAACUGGGGCGAAGAAGCCAAGAGACUCACGGGAGGCGCUGGUGUCGACCAUGUCAUCGAGGUUGGAGGUGCGACGACAGUCACAGAGAGUCUGAAAGCCAUAGCCAUUGGUGGCAUUAUCACCAUCGUUGGCUGGAUCGGUGGAGAGGAAGAGACUGGACCGAGCUUUCCCCAGAUCUUGUCCGGCAUGGCAAUUGUGAGGGGAAUUGUUGUCGGGAGCCGAGAUCAAUUUGAAGCAAUGAUCCGGGUCAUUGAGGCUUCCAACAUAAAGCCCGUCCUCGACCAGCGCGUCUUCAAGCUCGAAGAUCUGAAAGAAGCCUAUCAGUACAUGGCGGAUCAGAAGCAUUUUGGCAAGGUUGCCAUUAGCAUUGAAUAA